AUGCUCGUGCUGUGCGCGCUCCGUACGCGGACGGAGUUGAUCGGCUCGCGCUGCGCCCCGCAGGUGCUGGACGCCCGCAGCAUCGCGUACCACUCGAACCACCGGUUCAACACCAUGAUCAAGACCAUCAGUCCAUUCCCAGCCCCUACCUUCGCGGGCAACCACGAGGCGCUGUGCGCGAACUCGUCCAGACUCACGCAGAAGUUCCACUACUGCCUGCCCAUAUCCGGCCGGAAAGACUCGGACUUCUGCGCUGGUGCCGACCGCAUGGACCUGCUGCUGCCUCAAUCGCCGUCGACUCGAUGCCACGCCAGCGUCCUGCACUUGCUGCUCGUGGACGUGUACGAGGAGCUGCAGGCGCAGGGAUUCGCCCCCAUCUUGACGUACGGGUCGCUGCUCGGAGCCGUGCGCAAUGGGUCCAUGAUCCCCUUCACGGAAGACACGGACAUCGCCUACAGCGGGGAAAUCUCGAGCGAGAGCGCGCUGGCCGACACGCUCUGGAGCAAGGGCUACCACCUCUUCAUGAACAAAAUCUGGCGAGUCUGCGUAGCCCCAACGCACCCGCUAGCGGGGAAUCUGUACGACCCUGACCGGCCCAUCGCCAAGAACUUCGCCGUGCCCUACGUGGAUCUCUACUCCAUGGAGAAGACCAAGGACGGCAGCGCCUACUCGAUGCAGGAGCUCAAAGGCCGCACUUUGCCCAGCUACCGCGUUGAACCAUUCUCGCAAGUCGUGAUCAACGGGCUGCCAUUCGACACCGUGUACGACCCCGAAUACUUCCUGCUGGAAGAGUACGGCCCGGAGUUUAAACAGCCAAAGCCUCGAAACCAGGCGUAG